AUGAAUGAAAGUGAAGGUGAUGAACCUCAUGUUCUCUCUACAAUGCUAUUUGAGUCGUCCGGGGUUUCUGUUUUCAAAAUUCCUCCUGGGAAGAUAUCCUUGACUAAUUGGAACCUAGAUCUGGCAAAUAUUAUAUGGAAGGGAGAUUUGAGGUUAAUCGAACAAGAGGUUCUAAGCAACGAAAUGGAUUUGUUUAGCUUGUAUAAUACCAAAGGAGGCGAUGACGAUACCUCACCCACAAUGCCAUUCAAAGGGUUACGUUUAAAGCUAGAACUUUUUCAAGUUCUAAAUUUAGCAGAUAAUAGAACUGCGGAUGAGGUAUGGGCUGAAGUAUGGUAUAAUCCGAUGAUCUCGUCCUCUUCCGCAUCGCUAUCAGCAGCUCUGUAUCUGACACCGAUGCCGACAAUACCUUGUGGCAAUUUGCCAUACUCUAUAGCGAACAAUGGCCAAGAAACCAUUCAAAUUACGCCAGAAUCUUCAAAAUAUUACAAAAUUAUAGCUCAGUUGCCAGGUUCAGGCUAUCAUCCUUUUGAAGGCAAUUUGACUAAGGAAAACCAAGAAGGAGCCUUACUCCAAAUUGCGUUGGGCUUGAGAUUCGACCACACUGACGAGGCAAUGUCGUUUUCAGAGAGUCUCAAUAUCUAUCGAAGGAGGUUCAAGAACUUUGAAGAACAGUACGACUAUGAAUUGAAGCUUUUGCAAUUAGAGAGGAAGCUGCAAAAUUUGUCGAUUAAGUACGAUGACGACACCGACGACGGUGGCAGUACAGGCUCUCAAGACGGAAACAGCAAUCUAAUGUACCCAAUUGGUUCUAUUGUUCCUCGAUACGACGAUAUAAAAGAUGGUAGAGGUGACGAGAGAGAUUCAAAUGUGGACAACAGUAUAGAGUAUUCUAGCGACUACGAGGAAAAUGAUAACGACGAUAAUGAUGAUGAUGACGAUGGCUUUGGGGACUUUGUGACCAACGAUAGUGUAUAA